AUGAGCGUGCGAUCUUCCUCUCCCGUGCAAGAAUUAUGGUCCUCUAUUCUUAACUCAGUCUCAGCUACUCGCUCAAUACCAUCAAAAAACGUUUUGAUACUUGGAGAGGAACACACGGGAAAGAGCACGCUCGUUCGCGCCCUCCUACGCAAGACCGAGGAUGAUGACCAGAGCGGUGACUUUGCCCUCGGGUAUGGUUGGGCAGACGUGAAGGAUGAUGCUGAUGAAGGCGUAGACACUCUGGCCAGAUUGUCGGUCUACAGCGUCCCAUCAUCUGCACCUUCGCAUCUUGCCCUAGUGGACCACUUCCUCCCACCACGAACUAGCUUACCUCACACUCUUGUCAUGAUCGUGCUUGAUUGGACACAACCAUGGACAUUUGUACUGCAGUUGGAGAAAUGGAUGAAAUGGGUAGAGCGUUGGGCAGAAGGAGACAAGGGUCGGGACCUUGAUGUGUUACGAGAUGAGGGGAAAGAGCGACUACGUCUGCAUAUACAGCAUUACAGCGAGCCUGGGUCAGCCGACGCGUCAAAUCCGGCCUCCCUAUCAAGCACUCUGUUACCGCUAGGAGACGGAACGCUCACUAACAACGUUGCUGGCUUACCCAUCAUGGUUGUCUGUACUAAGGCGGACUUGAUGGAUGACAGUCUUUCCGGGACAGCCGGCCCAAGCCAAUCUUUGGGAAUAGUAGGUGGUUUGACCAAGAACAGCAUGUGGGAAGACCGUCAAGACGCUAUCAUCCAAGUGUUGCGAACAAUAUGUCUGCGAUAUGGAGCAGCAUUAUUCUAUACAACUCAUGCUCCGCAGACACUAGCCACAUUGCGAGCUUACGCCCUGCAUCUUCUCUUCCUACCAACACCAGUUGCACCAAACGAGCCCUUACCUCGAAACCCAUUCCUGUUCGCACAACGGGCAAACGCCUUGGAUCGGGAUCGCAUUCUCAUACCGGUUGGAUGGGACAGCUGGGGAAAGAUCAAGAUAUUACGAGAGGACUUUGACGUGCGAAGGUGGGGCGAGGGGUGGGAGACAGACUUGGAUUCCCCGGAGGGAAGGCCUAGUGGUGGCGCUCAGGACUGGUUCAGAGAGAUCAUCGGCCCGCAUCAAGACAUUCAGGCCAAAGCACCACCCCCUCUUAUCAUUCCCAAACCAGAACAAACAUUCCUCGCUGCCCACUACGAAGCACUCCAAAAGGAUCGGGAUCCCCGCGCCACAUUCCGGCAGCCUAUUGCUGUCAGUGGACAGGCCGGAGCGGUCGAGACCGGUGUUGUCGGGCCCAUGGGAAGCAGCAGCUUCAAUCUACCCAGUGUGGAGAAGGCAAUGCAGGAGAUGGAGACGGAGGAGCCGCAACCAGGCAAGGAGAUAUCGCCCCGGUCAGCGCCACCCCCCGUCGCACCGGCACCUCGAUCAGCACGUCUUCCUGUCGGUCCAACAGAGGCUAUUGGAAGGACGCCUGGCUCACCCGGGGGUAGCUCACAACACGAAGUGUUGCAAAAUUUCUUCCAGAGUCUUCUUGUUCCCAAUCGGACAAGUAGUGCUGCACGUUCCGGGAGCGCUAUAUCGAAAUCACCUGCACAAGGCACCUCUCCAUCGCCUCCUGCGGAAAAUGUGAAUGGUGUUCCGGAGAAGUAG